AAACAACAUGUACCCGGAAGUAAUGGAGUAUGAACUAAACGCUCGAGUCGAAAUUUUAGUUAUUUAAUUGUCAUCUUUUCCAGGGUGUCAACAAAGUCUGAGUACGUAGGAGAUUGGAGUGGUCCCCUCGCUCACCAGACUUUUCUUCCCUUGACUUCUGUUUCUGGGGGUAGAUAAAAUGAACAACGUGUCCCCGGAAGUUGCACUGCACAGGAUUUCACCGGAGUUGCGACCCUUGCUGUGCAGUGUAGUGCGGAAUGGCCGUGUGGGACUGGACUCCACAAAUUGCCUCCGAGUGACAGACCUCAAAACUGGAUGUACAUCUUUGACCCCAGGUCCUUGCUGCGAUCGCUUCAAACUUCACAUCCCCUAUGCUGGAGAAACCCUGAAAUGGGAUAUUAUAUUUAAUGCCCACUAUCCGGAACUGCCCCCAGAUUUUAUUUUUGGAGAAGAUGCAGAGUUUCUACCUGAACCUUCAGAACUGCCGCAUUUGGUCCAAUGGGAUGCUGGCAACCCAGAUAGCUUGCUCCAGCUUGUGAAGGAGCUCAUCCAGCAAUACCACCACUAUCAAUGUCAGCGCCUCCGUGAAAGCUCCAGACUUCUUUUUGAGUAUGAUAGCCUGCUGGAGGAUCCGAACUAUGGCCGUAAUAUGGAGAUAUAUGCCGGGCACAAGAACAGCUGGACAGGGGAAUUCUCAGCCCGCUUUCUUCUGAAACUCCCUGUGGACUUCAGCAACAUCCCAAUCUAUCUACUCAAGGACACAGCACUGGACCCAGGAGAAGAUGUGGCUCUUCUCUCUGUGAGCUUUGAAGAUGCUGAGGCUACUCAGGUCUUCCCCAAACUCUACCUUUCUCCAAGUAUUGAACAUGCUCUGGGCGGUGCCUCUGCACUUCAUAUCCCAGCAUUCCCUAGUGGAGGAUGCUUGAUUGACUAUGUCCCCCAGAUCUGCCAGUUACUCACCAACAAGGUGCAGUAUGUCAUCCAAGGCUACCACAAGAGGCGGGAGUACAUUGCUGCAUUCCUCAGCCACUUUGGAAUGGGAGUGGUGGAGUAUGAUGCCGAGGGAUUUACAAAGCUUACCCUUCUACUCAUGUGGAAAGACUUUUGCUUCCUAGUACACGUGGAUCUCCCACUGUACUUCCCCAGAGACCAGCCCACCCUCACGUUCCAGUCUGUGUACCACUUCACUAGCAGCGGGCAGCUUUAUUCUCAAGUGCAGAAGUCGUAUCCUUACAGCCCACGUUGGGACGGCAAUGAAAUGGCCAAAAGGGCAAAGGCUUACUUCAAGACCUUCAUCCCGCAGUUCCAAGAAGGAGCCUUUGCCAAUGGGAAACUCUAGUUCCCUGCGGUCCUAUGAAUGUGUUGCUACAUGCCGCUGCGUUCCUGCGUGCACUCCUGUGUGCGCGCGUGGACUUCAAAUCCUGUAAAAACGUAUUCCUAAAUCUGAUGGGCUCUUAAAAAUAUUAGAAUUUGCCAUGGAAAUGCAAGAAGUGCAAAAUCUUCUUUUCAGCACAUCCACCAUUUAAAAAAAAAAUCUGUUUGUUACUUGUUCUAACGCUUCUAAAUUCUCAUGAGAAAAGGCCCCCCACAGACUAUUUGUGGAGGUUUCUGUAUGCUGGCAGGAGAGCUUGAAUGAAAGAGUCAGGACGCAAAGAGCAAAAUUUCUGACUCUUCUACUCGAGCUUAGGCUACACCUUUUGCAUUAGUGACCCUCCAUUGCAAAGUGAGUCGCAAUUUACUCAGCUACAUCCUGAGAUAUGAGGCAAUAAUGGUUCAGUGGGUCAAAACCUUGUGGAUUGUUUCACGUCAUGAAAAAAAAAUUAUCUCAAAAAUAAAGCAAAACAAUCGCUCAUUACUUUAGUCUUGUAGUUGAUAUUCACGUGGAGAAUCCCCAACAUACGGGCGUCAGUAUGAAGCUGACAGUGCCCUUUUGUUCAUUUCAUACUUAUUUGAACCAUUCUACAUCAUUAUGAGCUCAUAUUUGACCGUGAAUCAACAGGAUUUUUCCAAAACAAUUACCACGCAGAGCAACUUGGGAUGACCCAAACACACUUUUGAGUCAUUGGUUUUAAAGCCCAUAUCACACUGAGUGGAGAACGUUUGCGAGUGUUUGUGCACGUAGCGAAUGAUGCUUUUUUUUUUUUUUUGUCGGCGUCAAAUUUUGAACGUGAAUAAUUUCUUUGUGACAAUAGAAACUGUUUGCAACCGUUGCAACUUCUGGUGAACACCUUGGCGACCUUUUGCAACCGUCAACGAACUCGCACGUCUUCGCAGCGCGGUGUGAUACCACGUUAAAUAUCCGCCGAUACCGAGUCCCAUUUUGAUACCUUGGCAAAACAAUCGCAAAAAAAGAGCGUGCAUCCAAAUGAAUGUUUUCACAUCGUUCGCGUCUCCUUGUUGCUCCAAAUACAAUUUACGUUGUACUGCAGCACACACUGCACAGGCAAACAUGCCUCUGUGCCUGUGUGCGUGUGUGCGUGCGUGCGUGUGUGGCGCUCUUACUCUCACUCUGACAGCUACCCCAACAUAAAAAUAAAAAGGAACAUUGUGUAAUGUACAAAGUCAAAUGAAACUAUUAUUGUUUCAUUUGACAAGUUCUUUAUAGCUUUCGAUUAUUGGGACAAUUUUUGACCUUUAAACAUUUAGGAAAUGAAAGAAAAAACGCUCUGCCCUGAUCCCUGAUCAGCUGAAAAUGCCGUGAUCGGAUUGGGACAUCCCAAAUAGCAGCAGCUGCUAUGCUAGCGUUGAUGACCCCAAAAUAUUGGCCUCUGAUUUGUCUAUUUCUGUCUGUUCAAAUAGCGUGAUCGUGAAUAUACACCACCGAGCUGUAGCAGCACAGCUAACCAUUGUGCUUAUGUUGUGGGCCAUGUUGGCAGGGAUGACUUUCCUAUCUAAGACAAUGCUUGGACAUUGAAAACAAGUCAUAACUUGUUUGUUUCUCAACCGAUUUUCAUGCAGUUUACUUUUUUUUGUCAAUUCCAAAGCGCGUGCUAUCAAUAUAUACCAUUUGGGGAGGAAAAAAAACGAAAACAUUUUUACUGUGAAGGUGCAUCACCGUUGCCGUAAUCGUAUGGCGUUGUAUGCAGCCGUAAGCAGCUCAGCGUACGGGCAUCCUUUGACCUUUUGUUUUCUUGACGUCCACACACAGAAUUCACGACUUUGACUCUCCUAGCUUCAUGUCGCCGUAGACACGCAGCUCUAAGCGUGCAUGUCGUAUCAACCUAUUCAUAGCUGUGGUGAUGACGUAAUGAGUAAUAAUGAUGUAAUGAGUAGCCUAGUGCAGUGGUUGAUAUAUCAUUGGAAAGCUGAGAUCAUUCUCUUUUUGAUCAUGCCAAAACCUCAUUAAAAAAAAAAUAUGAGUGAAUGUGACUCAUUUUGCUGUGGCAGGUCACAUUUACGUUGUGUUACCCAAGCACUGUACAGGCUACAGGUAAAACCUUGUCCAGCUGGCGACAUGAUGAGAUGGCACCUUAGCAAAUAACACCUGAGGGAUCCGGCUGAACUGGUUCUAGCUGGUUGUAAAAAAUAAUAGGUCAUUGCUGCGAAGUGUAUUUUUUGACAGAAACUCUGAUGUGAUGGCGUGUAAAAUCUCACGUCUGUGUGCUCACACUAUCUCGCAUUUCUUUUACCUUGUGUUAUGACCUCUCACAGCAAUGCACAGCAGGAAGCCAAUUGAAGGACUCUACGGACAGUAUUAAAAA